AUGGCAAUAGCUGCUAUUGGACAAUUAUGCUCAACAGCAUCUGUGAGCCAUAACUUGGCACUCUGUCAAGUUCUCGUCAAGAAAGCUGUAGCGGCUGGAGCAAAGGCACUCUUCCUACCAGAAGCAACAGACUAUAUCGCUUCCAGCCCUCAAGAAUCACUCUCCCUCGCCCAACCCAUGGAAAGCAGUCCAUUCGUCCUCGGCCUUCAAAAAUGUGCCAAAGAAUCUAAUCUAGCCAUCAACGUAGGCAUCCAUGUUCCCACAUCCAGCGGUAAAAUGGCAAAUCGGAGCUGCUGGGUAAAUGAGAAAGGCGAGAUAGAAUCGUAUUACGACAAAUUGCAUCUAUUCGAUUAUGGUGCUUUGAGGGAGAGCAAUAGUGUAGAUGGGGGGAAAGAGAUUGUGAAGCCGCUUGAUACUGUUAUUGGGAGGGUUGGACUGAUGAUUUGUUUUGAUCUCCGCUUCCCAGAAAUCAGCUUGGCACACAAACGCCACAACGCUCAGAUCCUGACCUACCCUUCAGCAUUUACUGUCCCAACAGGUAAGGCACACUGGGAGACGUUAUUGAAGGCUCGAGCUAUAGAGACUCAAGCAUAUGUCAUUGCGGCAGCGCAGAUUGGGGCACAUAAUGAGAAGAGGACGAGCUAUGGACACUCAAUGGUAGUCGAUCCUUGGGGCCAGGUGUUGCUGGACAUGACAGGCGAGGGGAAUGAAGCUGAAAUUGCGAUCGUGGAUAUCGAUUUGGAGUAUAGGGAGAAGAUCAAGGAGUCCAUGCCGUUGUUAAGAAGAACGGAUGUCUAUCCUGAGAUAUAG